AUAGUUAUAUUAAGGCAUUCAUAAGAGUAUCAUCAAUUCAUUAAUUCAAAAGGGUAUUGAAGUCUUGAAGAUACAAACUCUCUAUUACAAAAGGAUUAAGUUUUGAGUUGAACCAUGACGAGUAACAAACGGAGUAUUCAUCCAAGUCACCGAGAGCAUCCACUCGUGGCGGUCAAUCGCCAAGGUGCAUACACAUGUGACGGGUGCAAAAUGGAAGGCAUGGGGCUAAGAUACAGAUGUGAAGGUUGUAACUAUGAUUUACACCAAGAAUGCAUGUUUGCACCCCCUAAGCUAAAAAUUCAAGAGCAUAAAUAUCGAUUUCUCGAACGACCCCUCCCCGGACCUGAUUGCACUAGGGUUGAUUGCACCAAGUGUAGGAGCUGUGACGCGUGUGGGAUGGCGGUUAAGGGGUUCGUGUAUCAUUGCUCUAAGACGGGGUUCGAUUUCCACCCUAGAUGUGCCAAGCUAGAGAGUAAAAUUAGCAUUGGAGAUGUCACUUUUUGGCUUGAGAAGCAAGGACCAUCUAGUUGUGCUUGGUGUAAAAGGAAGCUGCUCAACGGUGCGAAAAAGAAAAUUCCUGGAUGGUCGUAUGUAUCUAAAUAUGAUGACUAUAAUUUCCAUGUCUUUUGCGUUAUGGAAAUGGCCAUGCAAAGCUCUUCCACCUCCUCCAAUCUUAAUGCAACCACUGGAGGAGACUCUUCUUUGGCAGUAUAUCAGAAAAUGAAGCUACCUCUUAUAGCUAAGUCCAAGAAAGGUGGUGCAUAUUCUAGGAACAAGUGGUUGGAGAUACUCAAGAUUUUCUUGAGCACUCUGUUCUCCAUUCUUCUUGGUGAUCCAACCACGAUUAUUGCUUCUACCGCGGCUCAUCUUGUAACACAAGGUUUAUUUCACCAAGGUUGAAGACGCUUGAAUGGUUUCAUAUUGUCAUCUGAUCAUAGGAGAUGAAUAUUUUUACCUACAUUCAAGGGAUACCUUGUAACAAAUACCGAAUGGUUCUAAUCAUCUGCGCUGCUUAUAUUAAUUCCGCGAUCCAUUCUAGAUUCCUUAGUUUCUUACAUAUCUCCUUUGGAAAACGUGUAUAAUAUUAUUGUUUUAUCCAUUGCUUAUAUAUAAAUUAAUUUGUACUGUAUAAUUUGUCUAGUGUCAUUGUAUACAGGUUGCUUUUUGUGUAUAUUAUUGUUUUUCCUAUUGCUUUUGGUUCAAAUGCAUAAAUGCAUAAUACUACGUUUAUAAUAU